UAAGGAAUUCAGAAGUACGCGGCAAGGAACGUCCUCCAGAGGGCGUCCACAGUUCACGAAACAAACCCGAGAGAGGAAGACCAACGUCCCACCCACACCUCUAUACACUUUUCUCCAGAACCUGGGAUCCAGAACCAGUAGCUUCAUCACAUCGAAUAUUCAAGAUGAAAAUCGUCCCGUCAACACCUCUGAUCCUUUUUGCCUCAAUCGGCCUUGCUUCCUGGGUGCAAGCACGUGCUGCCAACGAUGGAAAAUAUAAUAAGCAAAGAUACAGCUCCGGAAGAUACGUUCAUCGAAACGAUGGUGACUAUGUAGAAUCGCUGGACCGGUACCGGUACGUCCACUAUGACGACGGUGAUCGCGGUCGUUACGUGCACGUGCACAUCCCUUAUGAUGGCGGCUACGGUAACUAUGAGGGUGGCCACGAGCCAUACCGCAAUCCACCGUACGACGCCUCCGGGGUCUAUGCGUACGUGCAAAAACCGAAGAACGAAACGUGUCUUCGGUUGCUAGAACAAUAUUCCAACACUUGCAGCGAUUCCAGUUCCGAUUUUCUUCCGAAGACGACGAUGUUUGACUACAAGAAACCCUCCAUAUAUCUGGAGUACGGGACCCCAGAGUUCGAAAUAUCCUCGGAAGCAUCCUCGAAGCAGGUGAAAAAGACCUCGGUAAGCGGCGAAUCGGACCCCCGGAUGUCCACCUUCCCCGGUAUUGAAUAUCUGCCUCCACACGAUUCAUCGGAGCAAGAAAAAGCCAAUAAUGGCCAGAACAACUUAGACAUUGACAUCAGAACCAUCUCCCUGACAACGGUCAGUGGCGAAGAAUCGAAAGUAGAAUUGAUAACUGAAACUCCAGAUAACGCCUACACGACUAGCAGCAGAAUCCCCUUCACGCUACCGUCCAAAACGACGGUGUCAUCGACCUCGACGGCCUCUUCCAGCAUCACAGGUGCCUCCAUCGAGCGACAACUGCUCCAAUGUCGAAUGGAACUUGAAAAUCUUAAACAUUCGAAAUCUUGUGCUCUGGCUCAGGAAAAGGAUGCCCGGUUCAACGAUGGCCGAUACUACCCGGAACUUUAUCAGGGAAAAUACAACGAUGGAAAGUAUCGUCCGGAUAACAGUGGAGCUUAUCGACCAGAUGGUUCCGGUAGAUAUUCGGGUCAAUAUGUACCGUACAAAGAGGGCAACUACCGAGUAGGUGGACAAGGAGGAUCAGGUGCUGGCGGUGGUGCUGGGGGUGGAUUCGGAGGGCAAGGUGGACGAGGCGGACAGGGUGGAUUCGGUUCAGGAGGUUCGGGAGGCUCGGGAAUAGGAACUCGUACGGGAGGCUCUUCGGGUGCAGUCGUUGGCAUCGUUAGCAGCAACUCUGGAUCCGGAAACACCAAAGCUGGUGCAUCGGCUUUCGUAUCCGGUUCGGGUUCUGGUUUCGGAUCCGGUUCUGGUUCAGCUUCAAGCUCCGCAUUUGGUUCUGGUUCAAACUCCGGACAAAAACUUGCAGUUUCCGUAAUCGCUCCCCCAGCUCCAGCCCCCAAGAAGGUCAUCAAAAACUACGAUUCGGCUGGAUCCGGUUUUGAUCGCAUCAAGGAACAGGUUAAACAGUACAACAACGACGGUUACUACUACCGGUAUCUUACCGAACAGAACGCACAGGUUGCCGAAUCGGGUCGUCUAGAAGACCGGGAAACCGACAACGAAGCUCUGCGGGCUAAGGGCUUCUACGAAUAUGUUGGAGACGAUGGCGUACGGUAUCGGGUUGAUUACACUGCCGAUGAAAAUGGAUUUGUGCCUCAAGGUGCUCAUCUGCCAGUAGCUCCCGCUAUUCCUGAGCAAAUUCUUCGUGCACUUGAGUAUGUGCGGAAACUGCAACAAUGA